AUGGCUCCCAAAAAGAAGCAACAGCAGACUAUGUCCCUGGGGGACUUUCUGACUGAUUCCGGUUUUGGUGGUGGUUCCUGGGCUGAUGAGGUCGAGGAGACAUAUGUUACUGGCACUCAGCCCCUCCCCUCGAGCGACCGACCCCGCCCUGGUGGCGCUACUUCGUCCUGGCAGGACCGAGGCUAUUCUAUUCGUGAGAGUGUUCCCCAGUCGAUUCCUGAGCGUCCUCCGUUCACUGCUCAUCUUGGAAACCUCUCUUACGAUGCGACGGUUGAAUCCGUCACCGAUUUCUUCGCUGGCAGCGAAAUUGUUAGCGUCCGAAUCAUCGAGGACCGCGAAUUGCAGCGUCCCAAAGGGUUCGGUUAUGUCGAGUUCACCGAUGUCGAGGGUCUCAAGAAGGCCCUUCAGCUUGAUGGAGAGUCCUUCCAGGGACGUAUGAUCAAGAUCAAGGUUGCUGAUCCUCCCCGUGGUGGUGACAGCCGCAUGGACUCUUCCCGCGACCUUAGCGACUGGACUCGCAAGGGUCCCCUGCCUGAUCUUCCCAACCGUGGUGGCAAUCGUCAGCCCUCCGAGUUCGGUAGUGAGCGCAGAAUGCGCGAUCCUGCUCUCGAGUCGAAUCGCGGGCCUGCUCGCGAGAUGAACUGGGAGCGUCGCGGCCCUCUCGCACCGCUCCCGCCCCAAGAAUUCGGUGGUCGCGAUGGCAGCCGUCCUCCUCGCCCUGCCCCCGAGGGCAUGGGUGAGCGCAGCGAAUCGUUCCGUGGCCCCCGCCCGGAUCGACCAGAGAGACCCGAGCGAAGCCCCACCGCCGCCGAGAAGGACUUUCAAUGGCGAGACCGCAUGCGCCCGGAUGCCGGAAAGUCGUCGCCUUCUCAGGAGGCAGGCGAGGAUUCUGCGGCUCCCGCUCCUGCUACUGCUCCGGCUCCCGCGCCCGCUCCUGCUAGCCGCCCCCGUCUGAAUCUUCAGAAGCGUACCGUCACUGAAUCUACCGAUGCCGGCACGCCCGCCCCCGACUCCAAGGCUAGCCCCUUUGGCGCUGCCCGUCCCAUUGACACCGCCUCUCGCGAGCGUGAACUUGAAGUGAAGCGCCAGCAGGCGAUCCAAGAGAAGCGCGAGGCUGAUGAAAAGGCAAAGGAGGGGCGCCGCCUGGCCAAACAGGCUGCCAAGGAGGCCGAGGCUGAGGCCGAGGCCAAGGCAGCCGCUGCCGAAGAGGAGGCACCCGCCGCUACCGAGACCAAGGAAGCUGAGGAGAAAGAAGAUGACGCGGAGAAGCAGCUGCCCGUGCGUACUCGCGAGCCACGUGAGCCACGCGAGAACAAAGAGGGUGCCCCCAAUCUUAAGUCGAGAGCUGCCGAAGCUGGAAACUGGAGAUCGGCCUCUGGUGAGCAGCGCGGCCCUCGUGGCGGCGGCCGCGGCGGUCGUGGCGGUGCUUCCCGAGGCGGCCGCAAUGAUACCCGUGGACCCCGUGCCAACGGCGGUAGCGCUCAGCAAAGCUCUGCUCCCUCCGAGGCCGGUGAUGCCACUACUGUUGACGAGGAUGGCUGGACCACUGUGCCCAACAAAAAGGGACGUCAGGGACGUCCUUGA